AUGAGCUCAUUCGAGGAACCAAUAGUUGGUUAUUCAUCUUCGGAUAUUGAUAGCGAAAAUCAUUCAGAAAAUAUAUUUCAGAAAUUACCUGAUGAACUUAUUGGAGUGAUUUUUGAGUAUUUGACUUCUGUUGAAUUGAUUUUUUCAGUUGCAAAAGUUUGUAAAUAUUGGAGCAACGAAGUUGUUUUUCCGAUCAUGAAAGAACAAUAUAAAACAUUUAUUGCCGAGAUUUAUCAUCACAACAAGGAAGAGGAGAAUGAAUUUAAAAUUUUGUCAAUGAUAGACUUUUAUUCCAAACGUCAAGGCCAGAGAUUUGUGAAACACAUGCUUCGAAAAUGUGUGUUUAAUUAUGCCGCUCAAUUACAAAAACAUAUUCAUCACGUAAAUAAUGAUGACAGAGUUGUUGAAUGUAAUCCUUCAUGGUUGGACAAUGAUCUCUCUAUUUUGAAACAUUAUUUUUUACAUUUCAGUGAUGUGAGAGAAGGAACGCUGUUCAAGCCAUUCAACUCCAACAAUUCCAAUGUUACAACCCAAACCACCAACACUAGUGGAGGCGGAAUUUUCAAAGGAGUUUUGGAUUAUAUGGCGUCGUUAUUUGGAGGUAAUAAGAGCAACAGCACUGUCUCAUCAAAUUCCACUUCUAACACAACUACCAACAAACAGUCCAAUGAAAAGAUAGUGUUUCGAUAA